AUGGACAAGCUCAAUGCAAAUAUGGACGGCACAAGAUUCGACUCUGGCAGGAAUACAUCCGGCGAAGACAAUGAUGAGAGCAGCAUCGAGGAGAGCGUCGGGAUCAUAGAAGGGUCCGCUUUGGGCUAUGGCCUCUUCGCACUUCAUGACAUCCGCAAGGGUACCUGUCUUCUCGAAGAAGAUGCUCUCGUCAUCGUCAGGAGUCUUUCCGGCGAGUCACGCCUGGAACGUUGCACAAGGAUCUUCACCAUGAUCAACGACCUGUCUUCAAAAAAGCUUGAUCUCUACAGCAGUCUACACUACGAAAUCCAGACACUCGACGCCGAAUCGCGAGAUUAUGUCAGACGAUACCUCAUCCGUAAGCAGUAUACUCCAGUCACCCUCCCAGCUGCCCUGCUCGACCACCUCAAGCUCCUCGCCAUCUUCAAGACGAAUAGUGUCGGCUCGAAAACAGGCACAGGAGUCUUCGCAACGUACAGCCGCAUCAACCAUUCGUGCACACCCAACAUUGACAACUCUCACAUCGACGACCAUGAACUCCUCUACGCCAUUCGAGACAUCAAAGCUGGCGAGGAGAUCACAACGUCGUACAUCGACGGUCUCACCUUCCCAAAAGCAUGGCGUGCUAAGACACUAGCUCGAUGGCACUUCGUUUGCAAAUGUGCGGCUUGUGCUGGCCCGCAGGCUGUCGAGCAUGCUAGACGUCGGAGUAUGAUCGCACAGGGCUUCGUCGAGCUGGAUCAAGGUAUGCGGGAGCCGACCAACAUCGCCACCUCCCAUUCGAAGCAAUCUCAUGAUAAGCUCAACCAGGCGGAGAGCGUGGCGCAACUUUGCAUCGAGGAAGGCUUGGUCGGUACAGAUCUCAGCCGUGCCUACAGACUAUGCUCCGAAUGCGCACUCGUGGUCGGCCAGCCACUGAAGGCCAUCGAGUAUGCUCGGCAAGCCUACGAGGUGGAGGUGAUCUGUGUCGGCCCUCGAAUCAAGACAAAGGACACCGUCCAGACAUGGCUUCAUCAGCUUGAGGCUCUCGUGGUGGAGAAGCCGCGUAGAGCUAGACAUGAGAUCGAGAAGCGGAGGAAGGCGGCGGAAAAGAUCGAGCACGAGGCACUGAAGAGAUCUAAGAAGAUCGUGGAUGAGGAGGCAGUGGCGAGGCAGAACCGGGAAGCUGAGGAGCUGGAGAAGGGAGCAGAGCAACGUCGUGCGCGGCAGGGGGAGAUGGCGGCUAGGGUGGCGGAGUCCAACAGGGUUGCUGGUGAAGAGGCUAGGAUGGAGGAGAAGAGGGUCAAGGAGGUUGAGAGGACCGCGGCGAAGAAAGCGAGGAGGUUUAUUAGGUUGAAGGGUGCUGAGGCUGGUAUGGAUGUCGAGAAGGUGGAGGCGUUGGCUGCACAACUCAAAGGCGACGAGCUCAUCGAAUUAGCUUCUGGCUUGGCGGAGGUUGAGGAUGUGGCGAAGGUGAAGAUUCUAUUUGAGCAGAGAUUGCAGUCAAUGCUCGGAUGCGAGGCGAACGCUUAG